AGCCCUGGUGGGUUAAAGCAGCUCCCACCCAGGGAAAGACAGAUAGACCGACCCACAGACUCCCUCCUCUCUCCAGCUGUUCCUCACUCAUCUCCUGCUUCGCCAUGAGCUCCAUGGUGGAUGUAAAAACCUUGUAUGAGAACCUCCUGAACCUGAAUCUGAGUGAGGGGCAGGACGCUGGGGGCAGCGGCGACGCCCACAUCUGGCCCCUGCGCACGGUCUGGAGCCCCAGCACGGAGCAGGCGCGCUCCCUGCCCGAGCCGGCGGCACCGCGCCCCUCGUUCCGCACCGACCGCUCCCUCAGCCUGAUCGAGGGCCGAGCCCUGCCGCCCCCCCCGCCCGGCUUCCCCCCGCUGCAGCCCCCGCCGGCCCCCGCCCUCUCGGCCCGCUACAAGACGGAGCUGUGCCGUACCUACAGCGAGACGGGCCGCUGCCGGUAUGGGGCCAAGUGCCAGUUCGCCCACGGGGCCGGGGAGCUGCGGAGCCUGAGCCGCCACCCCAAGUACAAGACGGAGCUGUGCCACAAAUUCUACCUCCAUGGCGAAUGCCCCUACGGCUCCCGCUGCCACUUCGUCCACUACCCGGAAGAGCGGGGGCUGGCCGCCUCCCCGCAGCUUCUGCGCCAGAGCCUCAGCUACACCGGGGUGCCUGCUGCCCGCCAGGGCUCCCCGCCGCCCGGCAUCUCUGACCCGGCCUCUUUUGCCCGGGCGCCCUCCAUCUCCCCACCUCCCGCCAGCGACCUCCUCUCGCCGCCCUUCGCCCGCCUCAACUCAGAGCCCGUCCCUCGCAUGGCCACCCUGGGAGAAGCCCUGGCCGCCUCCGCCCCUGGAGGGCGCUGCACCUGCCGUUGCGGCGGCACCGCCAGGCUGGGCACCUUUGACAGCCCCCGAGACUACUACGCCGCCGCCCCGGGCGCGCCCGUCGCCUCCGGCCUCCCCAGGACCCCUUCCUCCAACUCGCUCUCCGACCAGGAUUGCUACAGCAGCUCGGGCAGCCUCAGCGGCUCCGAAUCGCCCGUCUUCGAGAUCCUGCCCACCAGCGGGACCUGGAGCGGGACCCGCCGCCUGCCCAUCUUCAACCGCAUCUCUGUGUCGGAGGCUGGGGAGGGCUUGGAAUAG